CCUUUUUUUCGAUAAACCCUCUCCUCCUUUCUCCAGUCUGCCCCCUUAUCCUUUCCCCUCCUCUUCUUAAACCCUCUCUUUUCUCUGUAUCUCCUCCUCAAUUCUUCAACCAAAAUGUCUACUGUAACCAAACCCAUAUCCCUGGCAGACUCAUCUUGCCUCGUCUCUCUCUCUUCCCACUUCUCCACUUCUUCCAAAGCUCCAUCUCUCCUCUCACUCCCUCCAAAAUCCAUCAAGCUUUUCCUCUCAUCUUCCCGUUCUCCAUCCCUUUCAGCACUCAGAACAAAAACCCAUUUCCCGUCUCUAGUUGCCUUUGUGGCCCAGACUUCAGAUUGGGCCCAGCAAGAAGAAGAAAAUGACACCACCAUAACCAUUGAUGGGCAAGAGCAACAAGUCCAGGAAGAAACUGAAAGUGAAGAAGGAGAAUCAACGUGGGAAAAUGAAGAAAGUGAUAGGGCUGAAGCAAAUUUGUCUGAUUGGGAUCCUGAGGAAAGUGAGGAUGCAGUUUUUGAAGGACAGGGUGGUGAUUCAGAAGAAGAGGACUCUAUUCAACCUCCUGAGGAAGCUAAAUUGUUUGUUGGGAAUUUGCCUUAUGAUGUUGAUAGUCAAAGUUUGGCUAUGCUCUUUGAGAAAGCUGGAACCGUGGAAAUUGCUGAGGUUAUUUACAAUAGGGAAACUGAGCAAAGUCGUGGCUUUGGGUUUGUAACUAUGAGUUCCGUUGAGGAAGCUGAGAAGGCUGCUGAACUGUUUAAUCGUUAUGAUCUAAAUGGAAGGCUCUUGACUGUUAAUAAGGCUUCUCCUAGAGGAUCACGUUUCGACCAACCCCCUCGUGUGUAUGAACCUGCUUUUAGAAUCUAUGUCGGUAACAUUCCAUGGGAUGUGGAUAAUGCUCGACUGGAGCAGGUCUUCAGUGAACAUGGUAAGGUACUGGAGGCUCGUGUAGUCUAUGAUAGGGAGACUGGCCGUUCACGUGGUUUUGGUUUCGUGACUAUGUCCUCAGAGACUGAAUUGAAUGACGCCAUUGCUGCUCUUGACGGACAGAGCCUGGAUGGGAGAGCGAUAAGAGUAAAUGUUGCAGAGGAAAGACCAAGGCGAGGCUUUUGAUCUUGAGAUGAUUUAGAUGCAUGAACUGCUGCUGUUGCCUUUUCUUCUUCUUUUUUUUUCUCCUUAAUUAACUUUUUUUUUUGUUAAGAUUAGAUUUAUAGUUUUGAGUUUUUGCACAAGAAUUGUUUGAAAUAUUUCUACCCAGAGUUAUGAAGCCAUGUUUUAAAGUGCCUUGUUUUGAAGGUUUCAUUAUCUUUGACGUUCGUUGCUCGAAAUUGUAGUAUGACAAAUUAUGUAUAACACUAGUACGCAUUUUAAAGCAAGACUUCUUCUGGUCGUUAAA